AUGGUGGAGGAAGACGCCCUCGCUGCCGCCAAGGCCGCCCUGCUGGCGGAGGUCGCAGCGCCUUCAUCGAGCGCCCGCCAGAAGCCCAGACGGCGGCGGAGGGGUCGUCGGAGGCCGCGCACCCACCGCUUGGGUGCCGCCGCUGACGGUGCAGCGGAUGACGCGGGAAACGUUGUAGAAUACGUAGGAGAAGAUAUCGAAGCCGUCGUGGGGGACGCGGCGGAUGCGGCCGGCGGCUUGUCACAGGCCGAGAUCGACGUGAUGCGGGAGGUGCUCCGACGCUUUGAGGGGCGUGGGGCGGAUCCCGAAGAGCAUGAGGGGGAAGAGGGGGAGCAAGAAGGAGAGGGGAAGCAGGAUGUGGAUAAGGAUAUGAAUGGAGACAAGCGAAAUGCCGCUGUCAGUGGAAAGCAAGAUGAGGAGGAGGACGACGAGGCAGAUGCCGAAGGGGAUGGCGAGGGGAAUCACGGAUCUACGGCCAUGUCACGCAAGCAGCGCAAGGAGCACCAGCGCAACCUCAUCUCGCAUCUCAAGGCUCUUUCCGCCGCCCCGGAGGUUGUGGAGGCCUGGGACAUCACGGGCCCGGACCCGUUGCUGCUAGUGCAUCUCAAGGCGCUUCCCAACUCAGUUCCUGUCCCGUCCAACUGGCGCCAGAAGCGCAAGUACCUGCAGAACAAGCGCGGUAUGGAAAAGCGCGCCUUUCAGCUCCCCGCCUACAUUGUCGACACAGGCGUGGGCGAGCUGCGCCACGCCCAGAUGGAGGCCGACGAGAGCAAGUCCCUCAAGCAGCGCCAGCGCGAGAAGAUGCGCGCAAAGACGGGGCGCGGCGUCGAGAUCGAUCACGCCAGGCUCCAUGACGCCUUUUUCAAGUUUCAGACAAAGCCCCGCCUCACCCCGCACGGUGAUGUUUACUACGAGCUGCGUGAACUCGAGCCAGACGCAUCCAAAUUUAGGCCAGGCGUGCUUGGCGAGGAGCUGCGAGCGGCCCUCGGCAUGGGUGAGGGGGAUCCUCCGCCGUGGCUGGUCAAUAUGCAGAGGUACGGGCCGCCCCCCGGGUGGAGGGGCCUUCGAGUGCCAGGCGUUAACUGUCCUAUUCCGAGCGGGGCGAGGUUUGGGUUUCAAGCCGGGGGGUGGGGGAAACCGCCUGUGGAUGGGCGGGGGAGGCCGCUCUAUGGGGAUGUCUUCGAUGAAGGUUUGGAGUUUGGGGAGAGGGAUGAGAGGUUUGAUUUGUCAGAGGCGGCGAAAGCCAAGUUGUGGGGCGAAGUGGAGAAAGUUGCGAGCGAGGACGGGGUUCGUGUUGUGGCAGAGGAAGAAGAGACAGAAAAGGAAGAAGAAGGGGAAAAGAGGAGGGAUGUGGAAAGCGCCAGAGUUGCAUCAGAAAAGGGAGUGGAAGUGCCGGAAAGUGGAGCGGCAGUAGUAGGAGAUGCACCAGUGCGGAAGGGAAUUCCCGCUGGGCAGCUAUAUUCUGUUUUGGAAGAGCAGCAGGUUUCUGUUGGCGAGACAGGGAUGAUGGGUUCAUCGCAUGUUUACCGGGUGAAUGAGACUGGUGAGACUGGUGGUGGAGAAGACAAAGGAGAAAAGCGAAAGCGAGACGAGAGUGCGGUGGAGGUGAAACGGACGCAGAAGAAGGCGAAAGAAUUCAAGUUCUAG